CCUUUUUCAAAUGGUAGCUGAAACAGAAACCCUGCUGUGUUUGGGUGGGUACAUGGAGGCUGCUGGACACUGCCCUUUUCCCAUAAAAGCCCUGCCAUGAGGGAAGUGCUGAGGCAGCUGUGCCCACAGCUAUCACACACACACAUCUCAAGCAAAUGCCCAGAGACAGUGGGGAGUCAUCCUGCAGCAAACAUGUCAGGCUGUUCUAAUUUCUAUGGGAACAUAGCAAAUGUUGAAACAACUGGUGCAUCACAGAGAACUGCGAAGCCGGAAGGUCUGAGCUAUGCAGGAGUUGCGGCUUCAGAGAAGAUUGCUGAAAGAGAUUUGAAGAAUAUGGACAAAUAUAAAGAAACUAUUACAAAAGUGGCCAACAGCAAGUGCAUUCCACCAUCUUUGGUUGCUGCUGUUAUCUCUCGAGAGUCACACGCUGGGACGGCACUGAAGGAUGGCUGGGGUGACCACGGUAAUGCAUUUGGUUUAAUGCAGGUUGACAAACGGUACCAUAAACCUCAUGGGGCAUGGGACAGUGAAGAGCACAUAAAACAAGGCACAGACAUUUUGUGUCAGUCAAUAACCGAUAUUCAGAAAAAAUUCCCAACAUGGAGUAAGGAACAGCAGCUCAAAGGUGGUAUUUCAGCCUAUAAUGCAGGAACGAGAAAUGUCCGGACCUAUGAAGGAAUGGAUGUUGGCACAACACACGACGACUAUGCCAACGAUGUGGUUGCAAGAGCCAAGUUCUUUCAGAGAAAUGGAUACUGAGAAGGAUAUGAGUGAUUAUACAAUACUUACAGCAAAUACUUUUACAUUACCAAAAUUGCAAAUCGUUAGUCAGUAGGUGAUUUUGUUACCAAUUUUGUACUGCUGUUAGACACACGCACUGAUUAAUAAAAUCUAAAGUUGCCCCUGUUAAA